AUUACGUCGACUUUUUCCGUACGAUCAACAUAAAUCUUAUAGGCACCGUUUGGACGGCAAAGUAUUUCGUACCUCUCCUCGCCACCAAGAAGGACGGCCCGCAGGCAUUCGUUGGCAUAACAUCCCCCGCGUCGCAAUUUCUGCCCUAACACCCAUGUCAUUCAACCUCUCGAAGUACGCACUGAACACACUGUGCGAAAGUAUUAGCGUAUACUAUCAUGAGAAGGCUGGCGUAUGCUGUUAUGCUUUGGGUCCAGGCGACGUAACGACUCCAGGGAGUGAGAACCAUCCUGGAGAAAUUUGGAAACAAACCUUAACAGAUGAUCCCGGAAUUUGUGGUGGGUUUUGCGUCUGGCUAACGUCAGAACGUCGAGAUUGGUUGUCCGGUCGGUAUGUGAUUGCCAGUUGGGAUGUAGAAAAACUCGAGGCAAACAAAGACGAUAUUAUAAUAGAGGAUAAUCUGAAGUUUAGGAUGGUUGUCUGACGGGUUAGGCCAGUAAAUUGGGCUUAGUUGUCUUAAGGAAGGCAAUGUUAGAAUAGAGCCGGUUUCCAUGGACGCCUAGCGUGUUCGUUAUGCCCUAAUAGGUCUCACACCUCCCAGUACUUCUGCAAAUUUACCAGAAUGUCU